UAUUAAUUUUUAACUGUAAAAGAAACGGAACCAAUCAGAAAAAACAUAAUCAUGUGAAACUGAAUUUGACAUCAUCUUUAGACUCAAGAACUUUGAUAUAUUUUUUCUGCUGCUAAAUUCACAUGUUUUUGUUACUUAUUUUUACCAGAGAUUUUGCCUAUCCAAGACCAUUGGCUAAAGCUGUACUCCAAGUCAUUAUGGCAUUUGGGUUUUUCUACUAUGCUAUGGGAUGGCCAGGGCAAAUCUAUGUUGUGACUGUUUUGAUAGGACUUGGGUAUGGUUCCCACUGGGCAAUGUUGCUUGCUGCAGUUUCUGAGCUAUUUGGAUUGAAGAGUUUUGGGGCCUUGUAUAACUUCCUAACACUUUCAAACCCUGCUGGUUCACUAAUAUUCUUAGAGGCCCGUGCUAGUGGCUUAUAUGACUAUUAUGCAGAGAAACAAGCUUCUUUCAUGCUCAAAAAUCCCAUAUCAGUAACUACAAAAACUCUUGGAGAAGACAAAUCACUCUCACUUGUUUGGGCACCAUUUGCUAUUCCUUCACUUGUGGUUGUGGCAUAUGUACCUAAUUGUAAAGAAGCUCAAAUUCUCUCAUUUGAGUUUCAAAUUGAAGCUUUACAAGCAUAUGCAUGUACUCCCAGAGCUGAACACAAAUCUCCAAACACAUCACUGAACCAUGUGUAAUAUUAAUGCAUUAAAAUGGUGUUACUAUCACUGAACCAUUUUUCCCAUGGUUCAUAAUUAAUGGAACAACGGCCAUUGGUAAAAGCGGUUAAGACUUGUGACAGCUGGGAAAACCCGUUCUUCUUCUUCCUAAAUACAUAAAUAUAUAUAUAUAUAUAUAUUAUAUAUACUUUAGAAAAAAAAAAUUAUAUAUUUGGUUUAUGCUUAUCAUCUUACAAGUUUUUAUUUUCAUUCUAUCAAACACUGAAACACGUUUAAAUUUAAUACAACAUUUCCAAGAUUGAAGGGUUUUCUGGACAACAGAUGGCUUGUUUUCGUUUGUUCAAUGUGGAUUCAGUCCUGUGGCGGAGCUGGGUACUUGUUUGGGAGCAUCUCACCUGUGAUAAAGAGCAAAAUGGGUUACAACCA